AUGGACCAUGGUAUUCAUUCUGGUGUUUUGCUUAUGAACAUUAUAAUGGGCAAAGAACUUGGCUCAUUUCCUAACUCUAAUUGUAAUAUGGAGCUUGAAGUGCUUGAAAAUUUCAAUCUUCAAGAAGCACUAGAUUUUCGUGCAAUGUCUGGUGGAUUAAUUAAUCAUAUUGUUACCGGGUCAGAACAAUUUCCUGGAUAUUUUACUGGACCUUUUCAUGAAAUUACCUUAUCAGCUAAAAUAAUUGAGUUUCUUGUUCAAUAUUAUUCAAAUAUUUAUACUAAUUUUAGCUUUCAUAAUGAAAAUCAAACACCAAAAUCAAAUUAUUCGAUUCUUGUUUCCUCAACAGCCCGUAGAGCAACAGCUCUUAAGCUUAGAGAUGAAAUAUAUGGUUCAUUUUUCUCAUGCUCAGAUUUAAGUUCAAAUAUACUUGUACGAUGGCAGCUAGAUAAUAGUAAUAGAAUUAAUUGGCCAGGAAAAAUCAAGUUUUUUUUUGAACAUCGUAUAUUUUUACCAAAUUCAACAAUUGUAACUAGCUAUUAUCUAGCUAUAGUUGAUUGGUACAAAAGAGAUCUACUAAAGCAAAGUUACUUUUAUGUUAAAUCAUGUGAUAGUAUAUCAAAAGGUAUAUUAUCUACAAAUGCUGAUGGAAGCUAUCAUGCUGAAUUAUAG